CUUCCCUUAACCAGAUCCAGCUCCUUGGACGACUGCUCCAAGCCACAAAGACACCUCGUUGCUAUACUGAAAGGAGAUAACGAGACGUUUGGGUUCGAAAUCCAGACUAUCAGAUUCCCGCCAAACCAAAAUGAUUGCUCCCUGGAGGUCUGCACUUGUGUCUGCAGGAUCCAGGAGGAGAGUCCUGCCCAUCUCUCUGGCCUUCAGACUGGAGACAUCCUCGCCAGCAUCAACGGCGUGAACACCGAGGGGUUUGGUCACAAGCAGAUAGUCGACUUGAUAAAGUCUUCAGGGAACUAUUUAAGGUUAGAGACCAUCAACGGGGCCAUGUUUCUGCGGAAAAUGGAGCUCGAGACCAAGCUGCAGUUACUGAAGCAAACCCUGCGGCAGAGGUGGGUGGAGCUGCGCUCGCUGCUGGUGCAGGAGCAGCGCCUGCUGCACGGGGAGGCCAACGCCAACGCUCUGCUGGACUCGCUGGAGCUGGAGAAGCCCACCUGGCCCAGCGGCUGUGGCACCCCAGGGCCUCUCUUCCCGAUGUCCAUGUCCCCACUCUGGGAGGGAAGCGGCUACAGCAGUGGUUUUGGGACUCUGCCACGGAAAAGCAGGAGAGCCAGCGUCCGAAAGCAGCUCCUGAAAUUCAUCCCAGGCCUGCACCGGGCGGUGGAAGAGGAGGAAAGCCGGGUCUGA